AUGUGCAUGUCCGCAACCGGACAGCACCUUCCGCCGUUCUUCAUUUUUCUUCGCAUGCGGAUGCACGAAGCUUUGAAGAAAGGGGCAUCACGUGGAAGCAAAUUUUCCUGUAAUGCAUCGGGUUACAUGACGGUCAAAAUAUUCAAUGAGUGGUUCGAUCACUUUUUGGAGCAUGUAAAACCUUCUGAAGACAGUCCUGCCUUGCUCAUAAUUGAUGGCCACUCGUCGCACACGAAGAACCUAGCUUUUACCGAGAAAGCUAGAGCUAACUUUGUUAAGGUUCUAGUUUUACCACCUCACACUAGCAACAAACUUCAACCGCUUGAUGUAUCCUUUAUGGCACCUUUCAAGACGUACUACGCACAGGAAGUAGAGCGUUUCCUACAACAGAAUCUAGGUAAAGUCGUCAGCCAAUAUGACGUUGCCGAGCUCAUGAAACCUGCAUUCAUCAAGGCGGCUACUACGGAAAUUGCUGAGAAUGGCCAGCCUGGCGGAGAGUGGGAUUCGCCAUGGACGGAUGAAACCAUCUCCGGCCGAAAUGUCAUCUUUCAAAGGCUUCCUCGUGAUGCCGACCCUAGCGAUACCGCGGGUGAUGAUAUUCGACUUUGCAGGGAGUGUGACCGCGUCACGUGGCCGGAUCGUUAUCAUCAAACGCAGUUUACGCGCAGUGGUGAUGAUUAA